AUGUUUAUAUCUUAAACUGUAUUCAUGCAUGUCAAGGAUUUAGUAUUUUUGGAGUAUAUUUUAUAUUACUGGUAUAUAACUAUGUGAUUAAUGUGUUAUAUAUAAAAGAAGUAGGAUAUAUGUUAGCUAUUUAAAGAUGGAAAAUAUAUUAGAGCAAUGGGGACCUUUGUGUACCUCAAUAGGGGUUGGAACAGCUGUGGCAGGGCUUGCAGCUACAUACUAUGUUGCCAAUAUGCCAGACCCGAAUUGUAUACCACCGGUUGACUUAAAAGACCAGUCCUAUCUUCUAGAGGAUGGUUCUAGAACGAGCAAGCUGGUUCCUAAAGGGGCAGAGUACAAGCCACUUUAUGAAGGCAUGGAAACCUUCUAUGAUGUUUUUCAGAGAGGCAUUAAACUGUCAGGUAAUGGUCCAUUUCUUGGAACACGUUCUGGUCCAAAUCAGGAAUAUGAAUGGUUGUCAUACCAGGAUGUAUAUGACCAGUCUAUAUCACUGGGGUCAUGGAUGGUCGGUCAGGGAAUGAAGAGUGAAGACAAGACAAUUAUUGGUAUCUUCAGUCAAAAUAGAUCUGAGUGGGUAAUAACAGAGAAAGCUUGUUCAGCAUAUAGUUUUGUACCAGUGGCGUUAUAUGACACUCUAGGAGAUGAUGCUGUCACAUUCAUCAUGGAGCAAACUGAAAUGCCUGUAAUUGUUGUUGAUUUAUCAGAAAAAGUUAAUAAAUUGUUACAAAUGGUUUCAAAUGGGCGUGGCAAAAGUCUUAAAACCAUCCUUGUUAUGAAUGGGUUAGACGGGGUGGAUCAAGAACUUGCAGCCAAGGUCAAGAUUAAAGUUGUUUCCUUCAAGGAGGCCCUGGAAAAAGGAAAAUCUGAUAUUAGAAAUGUCCAGCCUCCAAGUCCUGAUGACAUAGCAAUAAUGUGUUAUACCAGUGGAACUACAGGUAAUCCAAAAGGUGUGGUGAUAACUUACAGACAGGCUAUUGCUCAGAUGACUAUGAUUAGUAUCAAUGACUAUCAUUACAGGAAAUUCAAUAAAGAUGACACACAUUUGUCUUACCUACCUCUAGCUCACAUGUAUGAACGUAUUGGCCAACAAUGUUUGACCAUGGAGGGAGCUAAGAUUGGAUUUUUCCGAGGAGAUGUAAAACUUUUGUUAGAUGAUUUACAGACUUUAAAACCAACUGUGUUCUUCUCUGUUCCCAGACUUAUGAACAGAAUCUAUGAUAAGGUGAUUGCAGGAGUUAAAAGCAGUAAAGUGAAACAGUUUCUGUUUAACUGGGCAAUUUCCUCCAAGGAGAAAGAACUGAAACAGUAUGUAAUAAGACGAAACAGUAUUUGGGAUAAGAUUGUGUUUAAGAAGAUUCAGGCAUUGUUUGGUGGUAAAGUUGAUAUUGUUGUCACAGGUUCUGCACCACUGGAAGCUGAAGUUUUAACUUUCUUUAGAUGUGCUCUUGGUUGUGCGUUUGUAGAAGCAUUUGGACAAACAGAAAGUGUUGCAGCAGUAACUAUGGGGUUAGUUGGAGACUGGAGUGCAGGACAUGUUGGACCUCCUUUACCAUACACCUACAUCAAACUGUUUGAUGCUCCUGAAUAUAAUUACUACGCUAAAAAUAACCAAGGGGAGGUGUGUGCUAAAGGAGUCACUAUCUCAAGUGGAUAUUAUAAAGACCCAGUAAAAACAGCAGAAACUAUUGAUAAGGAGGGAUGGCUUCAUACAGGAGAUAUUGGACAAUGGUUACCUAAUGGUACAUUAAAGAUUAUUGACAGGAAGAAAAAUUUGUUCAAGCUGUCACAGGGAGAGUAUGUGGCCCCAGAGAAAGUAGAACUGGUUUAUAGCCGGAGCUCAUUUGUCGCUCAAGCUUUUGUAGAAGGUGAUAGUCUUCAGCCAUAUGUGAUGGCAGUGAUUGUGCCUGAUGAAGAAGUUUUAAUGUCAUGGGCAAAAUCUCAAAACAUUUCUGAUAGUUUCCAGGAACUGUGCAAAAGUGAGAGUGUUAAGUCAAUGAUUCUACUGGACAUACAGAAAACUUGUAGAGAAGCUGGUCUCAAAGGAUUUGAAAUUACUAAAGAUAUCAUUUUGCGAUCAGAACUAUUUUCUAUUGAGAAUGGACUGGUAACACCUACGUUCAAAAACAAGCGUCCACAGCUGCGUAGUUUCUUCAAGAAUGACAUAGCAGCUCUGUACAAAAAACAUAGUGGUGGGUCAGGUUAACGGAAGAAGUAGGAAUCAUCAUGUUCAUAAUUUACAACUAUUUUUUCUGAACUGAAUUUUUGUAUUCUGAACUCUGAAUGUGUAAGUCUAAUGCAGUUUCUAUGGUUUUUAAGGAGAAUUAAUUAAAAAGCCAAAAUGCAGCUUUUGCCAGGCUAUAUAAAUGUUUGUUGUCAUUAAGAGAUGUCUGAGGGACUGUCUUAAAUGCAUUUUAGGCCAUCUCAAGCCUCAGAAAACUCUCUUUUGGUUUGUGAUGAAACCAAACAUGGCAGUCUCAAAUGCAUUUUAAGGCCACCUCAAAACUCAGAUAACUCGUUUUUGUUUGUGAUAAAACCAAAAUAUGGCUGUGCCUUAAAAAAAAUUAUAACGGACCAUCUCAGAAAAUUUAAAUGACAUGUGAAUAAGGAUUUGUCUCAGCUAGGUACAUACAACAGAUAGAAAUGUAGUUAAUAGUUUAGGAGAUGGUUAAAAUUUUGGUAGAUAUUCAAGUGUAUACUUGAGCUUUUCUAUACUCAUACAAAACAAAACAACAACAGUAUUUUUCAACAUACAGGGAAGUUAAUAUUUAUACAGUAAUGUGUUUAAUUUUAUUUAUAGACAGUAAUAAUUUAUAUAUAAAUUUACAGGCAUAUGACAGUUAUAUUAUAAUUAUAUAGAAUAGAGAAAAAACAGAAUCCUUAAAGAAAGCCCAACAUAGCAAAUUUGAAAAUGUUGCAGACUCGGUUUGAUUGAGCCUGUUCAUGGUGUUUGAAUUCAUAGUGUUUGGUUGUAUACCCCUCACACAAUGAAGUUGUUAGGUGGCUUUACUGAAAUCAUUUUUUAACUGUUCAGCCAUCCAUCUGCCAUAGGUUUUUAUUCAUCCAGGCAUAACUCGGAAAAAAAAUUGUAGGUAUCAAUUUGAAACUUCAUAGAUGGAUAGCUCUUUUCAAGAUGAGGAGUGCCCAAGAACCAUAACUCUCUUUUGCAUAAUUUUAGAGUUAUUGCCCUUUGUAAUACCUGCUAGUUAUUUUGAGUACAACUCAAACAAACACAGUAGGUAUCGACUUUAUACCUUCAUAGGUGGAUAGAAGGAAAACAUCACAAAAAUCCUUUGUAAUGCUUAAUAUUUAUUUUGAAUUUGAGCAUUACUUAAAAGCAUUGGAGAUACAAUCUGGUAAACUUCAUAUAUGUAAAGUCAAUAUAAUUUAUAAUUCAGGUGUAAUGACAAAGCAGCAUGCAGGGAUGUCUUAGCUAGGACAAUGGAAGUUCUAGUUUUUACUGUGGUUUUUCAUAUUCAUCAUAUACAAAGUUAUUUUGGGAACAUUUUGUAUAGCGUUUGUGGGAACAUUUUGUGAGAUUUUAUUUUGUUGAAAUAUUUUUUAUGAAUAUACAAUUUUUAGAUCUGAUAUUAAUAAAUAUUGUUGGUUUUUAUUUACAAAAUCUUUAUAUUUAUAUUUAAGAGGAGAGAGAGAUAGAUCAUUACAAAUUCAUGUUUUUACUAAUUGUACAUGUAUUGAUUACCACCAAUAAUACUUCAGUUCAUAUAUGGAAGUUAUUGAAAAGUUAUUGAAUUAGAAAAUUUACAGUUGUUAAUUAUGUAUGUGUAGUUUUAUGAAAACAUGUUUUUUACUAAAUUUAUUGAAGCCAUCCUCUUAUUUCUUUGCUAUAAUCUAGAUUUAUUCUAACAAUGAUUAUCAUUUUUACAGCUUUUAUAUAAUGGGCUAAUGUAAUUUACUGUAUUACAUAUUUCUGAAAUCCACCUCAAGUUUGACAUAGUAAAAAGGAGUUUAUAUCAAUAAGUUUUGCUGUUCUGCAUUGAAUGUUUUUUUAUCAUCUUUAUUAUGAUAUGACAUUAUUUUGAUUAUGAAUACAUAAAUCAAAUUGAAUUGCAGGAAUAAUUUUUUGGUUUGUUUUUUGUAUUGUUUUUUGCUGAUAAACUUUACAUGUAUAUACCAUAUAUAUACAUUUAAUGACAGUUUUCAGGAUUCAGUUAUUGUCUAUACCAUUACCUUUAUUGACAUGUUUUUCAAGAUUAAGAUUAUUAUAUAGUGUUGAGUACAAUACUGCAUUAUAUUGGACUCUUACACAGCUGUAAAACCUGAUGCAUAGUCCAAUAUAGGUUUUGCUGCUGUGUAUGAGUCCAGUUGACCUCUUAAUUUCACACUAAAGAAUUUUUUUUUCAUUUUGACAUUACUUCAUUACUUUGAGUACAAUAAGGAUUCGAUAUAUAAUUUUUGGACUCAGAAAAUGAAAAAGUGUGGAUGGAGUACAGCAUAAUUUUUAUAUGGAAUUUUUGGACUCUGAAGUAUGGCUAAAUAGAUAAAAUGAGAUCCAACGAUCCAAUGAUUCACAUUGUAAGAUCAAAUGAUGCAAAGGCUUGAAAUUCACUUGUAACAUUUCAUAAGGUGUGAAAUACAGCUGAAUAUAACCUUAUAAGUGUUCAUUUAAAUUUAAUACAAUAUGAUAUUAUGUUUACUAUAUAUAUAGAGUAGUUUACAUAGUGAUGUAUUUUUAUAUUAUACAUAAAAAUAAGUACAAUAUAUGGGAAUUGUAGUAAAUGUUAUUAUGUUUUGUUAUGUUAUACAUGUAAAAUGAAUACAAUAUUUGGGUAGUAAAUGUAAUUGUAUUUUUAUAUUAUAUUGAUAAAGUGGAUACAAUAUAUUUGAGGUAAAUAUCAUUGUAUACUUUUUUACAUUAUACAUAUGAAAUAAAUACAAUAUUUUGGUAGUAAAUAAUGUCAUUGUGUAUUUUAAUAUUUUACAUAUAUUUAGUGAAUACAGUAUAUGGGUAGUUUACAUAAAUAUGUCCCUAAUUAUUUUACUUGAUAUACACUGUUGAAAAAUUUUGUUUAUAUUUUCAAAAAUAAUGAUAUUUUUUUCAAAUCAACCAGCAUUUUUUAAUCAACAACCAGCAUUGUACAAAUCAAGGGGCCAACAUUUUCAAAACAUGAUGCCAGCAUUUUCAAACCAUGGGGCCAGCAUUUUCAAAUCAUGGGUCCACCAUUUUGCAAAUCAUGGGGCAAGCAUUUUCAGAUCAUAGGGCCAACAUUUUCAAAUCAUGAGGCCAGCAGUUUCAAAUCAUGGGGCCAGCAUUUUUAAAUCAUUGGGCCAGCAUUUUUAAAUCAUGGGGCUAGCAUUUUAAAAUCAUCUUGCCAGCAUAAAGUUGAUGGUUUGUUCUGUCCUUAAUCGUUUCUCAUGACAUCUUUAUACAUUUGUUAUAUUUUAACUGAUAUCAUAGAUAUUUGAUUUGUUGGUACCUAUAUGAAACACUUUUUGCAUUUGGUUUUAAAUCGAUCAGAUCAUAGUCAAGGUAACUUCCAUUAGGCUAAAAAAGAAAUAUUCUCCUAAUUCUCCUCAUAGAAUAAGUCAGGAUUUAGCAGAGUACCAUCUUGGAAGGUCAUUCUGUGUUAAGGAAAUUCAAAUAUAAUUACAAAGGGUCGAUAUUUUGGUAGUCCCCAUCAGGUUUCAUUGGAGGGGACAAUGAGUAUUACCCAACCCCUUUCCCAUUCAUUUUUGCUUCAUUGCCAUAAGUAUAACUCAAAAUGUACACAAGCUAGGCUGGUGGUACAUAUACUUGGCCAGUCAACAGAGGACCAUAAGGGGAAUAAUGCAAAUUUUAUUUUUAUUUUUUUCAUACAACUGAUAAAAAUGUGGUUACCAGUCACAGGGGUCGUCUGAUAAUCAGAAUGUACAAAAGCUAUGUUGAUGAAAAAUGGUUAUGAUAAUCAAGGUCUUGAUACAUAUUAUAAAAAAAGACACAUUCUUAAAGUUAAUCUCCACAAUUAUAUGGGUUGGAGGUAAGGAAUCAUCAGAUAACUUUACACAGGUUGUGGGGACUGCUGCAUCAGUAUCUGUAACAUGCUUGUGUUCUAUAAUUUUAUGUAUUUUAAGUUUUAGUUUUCUUAAGUUAUAAUUUUGUACAUGCAUAUAGAGGCGUAUUUUUGUGUCGCCUGCUACAGAGUGAUUUGUAAAUGUUUUCUUUAAUCUUGUAACUCUCUUUAAUAGAAAUCAUGCCCUUUUUAAGUUAGGAGUCAUGGUUCCUUUACUGGGCACAGCUUUUGGGGACAUUUUGAACUACAAGUUCUUUGAUUUUGUUCAUUUUUGAUUUCAACAAUUUUUAAUUAACCUUUUUUCAUGAGAGAUUAUUUUUGGGACCAUUUUGACAAAAGUGAUUGAUAAAUAUACAUGUAUUAAUAAAUGUACUUGUAAAAUGAGAUUUUUAUAUUUAAUGCUCAGCUUAAAAAGUGCUGCUUAUAAAAUGUAUUUUGGUAGAGGUGUUUUAUUUACAUAAUAAAAUCUAUGUUAUA